ACCAGUUUACUGCUGGAUUGAUCCACAAUACAUUCCUCCACUGGACAAGGAAUUCAUAAGUUGCUAGCAUGUCUAUCGCCAACACGGCCGCCCAGGCGAUGCUCUCUGAUGCCCUGCUGAGGGACAGUAAUGGGGACAAUCGCAUUCGACACCUGGAGCUGGAUUUGCCAUUGGAUAAAGUCAUCAAGUUUGUUUCUGUGGGCCUGCCGCUCCUUCUGGUGUCCAUGGCCUUUGCCAGAGAGAUUUCUAUCGGCCCACAGAUUAGCUGCUUUCCACCCAACAACUUCACAAUAAAGCAGGCAGCGUAUGUGGAUACGUACUGCUGGGACUCUCUCAUGCACCAUGAGUUUGACACAGAUGGGAACUUUGAAGAACGUUCACUGUGGGUACAUAAAAUGUUUCCAUACUCCUUAUUGGUCAUGGCCAUGAUGAUGUACCUGCCGGCUCUGAUCUGGCGGUAUCUGGCCGUGCCCAGCCUGACCUCUGACCUGUUCUUCAUCAUCGAUGAGCUGGACAAGUCUUACAACCGCUCUGUCCGCCUGGCUCAAAGCAUCCUGGACCUAAAACAGCACUCAGAAAACCCACUGCAGUUUCAGACUGAGCUUGAGAGAGCCAAACGCAAGCGUUACUUUGAGUACCCCCUGCUGGAGAGAUACAUGCAGUGCAAGCAUGGCUCCUACUUCCUGGUCAGCAUGCUCUUCCUGCGAGGCUUCCUGCUCCUGACCUUCAUGUCCACCUCGUGCCUAUACCUGAUCUACUUCCACCUCUCUGCCUUUCUACAAGACGAAUUCAGCUGCUUCGUGCGCACCGGCCUUCUCCGUGACCAGCCCUGGGUGCCUGAGCUAGUUCAGUGUAAAAUGACUGGCCUGCUUGUGUUCCAGGUCAUUAGCGUAGCUAACGGUGCCGUCUAUGUGCUGCUAGCUCCUAUUGUUCUCUUUAGCCUGCUGCGUUUGUUCUGUUGGGACACAACCUUCCUCUCCCUUUACGAGGUGCUGCCCGGAUUGGGGCUCAUGAGCAGUCAGAAACUGGGCUGCCCGCUUAACGAUCUCAACGUGCUGCUUCUCUUUCUGCGCGCCAACGUAGCGCAGCUGCGAUCGUACAGCCGCCUGAGGGCCGUUUGCUCCCUCGCACCUCCUCGGCUGGAGGGUGCUAAGGGCGCGCUGAUGGGGGAGCAGGCUGAGGAGGCUGCGGAGGCCGCCGAGGAGCUCGAGGAGGAGAUUAGAGAGGCCAGAGAGGAGGGCAAACUCAAUCUAGUAGACAUCAUGACUGUGCUGGGAGCAGCCAGAGGAAACGCAGUGAACUGUCCAGAGCAGCGCCCUCUUGUGGAACAAGACAUGACGCUUGAGCCUAACCACCAGGGGUACCAUGAAUUGAAGGAGACUACAACAUGUUGUUUUGCCUAAAGCACCAGCCAAUGGACUGAAGCAGCACUGUCAGACUCUAGACUAGAGGGCCCUGUAGAACAGCGAAACCUCUGAGAUGAAAUAAAGAUGAAGAUAGACUAGAACAUCCAAUAGCUAAAACUCCUCCAUUAUAGUCCAGAAUCAAACAAAUCUGGAUUUAAAAUAAUUUUAAUGGAUUUCUUACACA